AUGUGGAGGGGAAUCCACAAUGCCCUCCCCAUCAAAGAAAAUCUCCAUCGGAAGAAGUUAAGUGUUGACCCCCUUUGCCCGGUCUGUAAAAAAAGCUCAGAGACACUGGAGCACACCUUCUUACUUUGUGACUGGACCAAACCCGUAUGGUUUGGAUCCCAAUUGCAAUGGAGUCCCUCCCCUGAGAAGGUUACCAGAUUUGAUACAUGGCUUAAGGAUGGCUUUGAAACUUUCAAGAAAGACCCGACCACGCUGCAACAGAACAUUGCUCUCGUGUGCUUGAUACUAUGGUCAAUAUGGAAGGGCCGGAGCGCAAAGGUCUUUGAGGAUCACUCCCCGUCUCCCAUCUUCACUUUAAACCAAGCACUAGGACUCUGGCAUGAGAACCACCUCUACUCAAACAACCAAGGAUUGGGAAGUCAAUAUGGCCAUGCAACAGUGAACGCCACGAGCAGGGGAGAUAUGAAGUGGAGGAAACCCCCCAGGGAUUGUGUCAAAGCAAAUGUGGAUGCGGCCUGGAAAAAAGGGAGCUCUAGGACUGGCCUAGCAUGUGUUAUCAGAGAUCACAAUGGGGAAAUCUUACUAGGCUCAGCGACAAUAACUCUUGCCCCCUCCCCGCUUGUUGCUGAAGGCCUUGCUCUCCGAGAAGCAAUGUUACUGAUGACUAAUCUCGAUUGCAAAAAAGCUUGCCUUGAAUCUGAUAGCAAAACACUUAUUGAGGCUUGUCGGGGUGUGAAGGAAAGUGGGUCUCUGAAGACCAUUGUGACUGAUAUAAAAAGGCUAAGCUUCCAAUUUGAUGAGUGCAACUUCCAAUGGACGAAGCGACAAGGGAACGUGGUUGCACAUGAGGUAGCAAAACUCAUUUAUGAUGAUAUGUUGCCCCCACUCUGGUCCUCAAACCCACCUCCCAUGUCAAAGCUGCACUCCAACGGGACACAAACGAGGCCAAUACAUAGUCUAGUCAUAACAGGAUCCACAAAUCGAAGCACUCUUGCCACGAAUCUACUUUUAUAUCCCAUCCCACCUUUACGUACUAGCAGGGCCUUUUUCCUAGGACUAGAUUGGAGUCAGCGUGUUGUUGACGACAAGUGUGAAGUGUCUCUCUUUGUUGAGCACGAAGUGGAAAACAUACCUAGUGCUCUGGUCGAUUUUCGUUCCACAAGCCAUGAUGGUAAUUCUAUUGAAGUGGCUCCACAUAAGAAGGUCGCACGUGCAACAUCUACGGCGGAAACUGGCGUAGAUAGUUAG